AUGUCAUCAGGAUGGAAUACAAUUGAUUCAGAUGCCGGAUUAUUUACAAGAUUGAUUGAAAAAUUGGGAGUAAAGAAUAUUCAAUUCGAAGAUCUUUACUCUAUUGACAGUGAAUCAAUUGCUCAAUUGUCCCCAGUUUAUGGAGUAAUAUUUUUAUUUAAGUAUAGUAAAAUUGAUAGACAGAUAGCCAAGAAUGGAAAUGCUCCUAUUACUGGAGAAUAUGAUUUAAGUUAUCAGGAAAAUGACAUUUUUUUUGGUAACCAAACCAUUCAAAACGCUUGUGGGACUCAAGCAGUGAUUAAUAUACUACUUAAUCAAGAAAUUGACCUUGGUGAAGAAUUAUCUAACUUCAAGAGUUUUGUUGGUGGAUUUGAUGGUGAAAUGAUAGGAGAAACCAUCUCCAAUAGUGAUUUGAUAAGAUCAGUACAUAAUUCAUUCUCAACGCCAAAUUUGAUAGUUGAUGAGGAUCCCAAUCCGCCACCUGAAGAUAGUGAUGAUAAAAAUGAUGGUUUAUUUCAUUUCAUUGGAUAUAUACAUAAGAAUGGGUUCAUUUACGAACUAGAUGGAUUGAAAAACUAUCCCAUCAAACACGACGAAUGUAAAGAUAUGGAUGAUUUCAUAACGAAAAUUCCUCAAGUUUUAAUGAAAAGAAUUGCUAAAUAUGGUAAUGAAUUAAGGUUUUCUUGUUUGGUGAUCACCAAUGAUAAGCUCAAUCAAGCUAAAGACUUGGGUGAUGAAGAAAUGAAGUAUCAAGAACUCAAUAAACGUAAGAUUUGGGAUAAGGAAAUCGAAUUAAGACAACAUGAUUAUACUAACUUGUUUGUCAAUAUGAUCAAAGGUAUAAGUUCCAAGUUAGAUGAUCAACAAUGGGAAGCAUUAUUAGAUAAAGCAAGAGAAAGAACAAAAGCUAAAUUCAAAUAG